CCUCCAUGCCGCCACCCAGGAGCCGUGGCUGGUCAGAACAUCACAGCUCGGAUUGGAGAGCCACUGGUGCUGAGUUGUAAGGGGGCAUCUAAGAAGCUAACCCAGCAGCCAGAAUGGAGAGUGAACACAGGCCGGACUGAGGCCUGGAAGGUCCUCUCUCCCCAGGGAGGCCCCUGGGACAGCGUCGCUCGAAUCCUUCCCAACGGUUCCCUCCUCCUUCCAGCCCUUGGAGUGGCUGAUGAGGGGACUUUCCGGUGUCGGGCAACCAACAGGCGCGGGAGGGAGGUCAAGUCCAACUACCGUGUCCGAGUCUACCAGAUUCCUGGGAAGCCAGAAAUUGUGGAUCCUGCCUCUGAACUCACAGCUGGUAUACCUAAUAAGGUGGGGACAUGUGUGUCUGAGGGAGGCUACCCUGCAGGGACCCUCAGCUGGCUCCUAGACGGGAAACCUCUGAUUCCCGAUGGCAAAGGAACAGUUGUGAAGGAAGAGGCCAGGAGACACCCCGAGACAGGACUCUUCACAGUGCAGUCAGAGCUGACAGUGACACCAACCCAAGGAGCAGACACCCCCCCUGCCUUCUCCUGCAGCUUCAGUCUGCGCCUUCCCCGGCACAGACCCUUGAACACAGCCCCCAUCCAGCCCCGUGUCCGGGAGCCUGCGCCUCCAGAGGGGGUUCAGCUGUUGGUUGAGCCAGAAGGUGGAACAGUCGCUCCUGGUGGCACUGUGACCUUGACCUGUGCAUUCUCUGCCCACCCCCCUCCUCAGAUCCACUGGAUAAAGGAUGGAACCCCCUUGCCCCUUGCCCCCAGCCCUGUGCUGGUCCUCCCCGAGGUAGGGACCGAGGAUGAAGGCAUCUACAGCUGCGUGGCCACCCACCCUAACCUCGGGCCUCAGGAAAGCCUUCCGGUCAGCAUCAGCAUCACAGGCUCGGAGGGUGGGGCUGGGCUGGGGACCCUAGCCCUGGCCUUGGGGAUCCUGGGAGGCCUGGGGAUAGCCACCCUGCUCCUUGGGGUCAUCCUGUGGCGAAAACGGCAACUGAGAGGAGAGGAGAGGAAGGCCCCAGAAAACCAGGAGGAUGAGGAGGAGCACGCGGAGCUCAACCAGUCAGAGGAAGCUGAGACAGUGGAGAACGGGGCAGGGGGAGCUUAGGAGAG